CCGAGGCGCAGGCGCAAGGGAAGUGGCCAUCGAUGCCUCGGGGCUCAGGGCGUCGAGCCUGGCUCCUCGGUCAAGACGCGGAGGCGGGGGCCAGAGCGGCGGCGGAAGCGGGCGCAGCGCAGCGGGCGGAGGCGCCGCGGACCGUCUGGGCAGAAUGUCACGAUGGACGAGGGGGGCAUGCCCCUGCUCCCCGACAGCCUUGUCUACCAGAUCUUCCUGAGCCUGGACCCUGCAGAUGUGCUGACUGCUGGGCUGGUGUGCCGCCAAUGGCAGGCUGUAUCCCGGGAUGAGUUCUUAUGGAGGGAGCAGUUCUACCGUUACUACCAUGUGGCUCGAGAUGUGCCCCGCCAUCCAGCGGCCACAUCCUGGUAUGAGGAGUUCCGACGGCUCUAUGACAUGGUACCCUGUGUGGAGGUGCAGACACUGAAGGAGCACACCGACCAGGUCCUGCACCUCAGCUUCUCCCACUCGGGGUACCAGUUUGCUUCCUGCUCCAAGGACUGCACGGUGAAGAUCUGGGACAACGACCUGACCAUCUCCCUGCUGCACAGUGCAGACAUGAGGCCAUACAACUGGAGCUACACCCAGUUCUCCCAGUUCAACCAAGAUGACUCAUUGCUGCUGGCCUCCGGGGUGUUCCUGGGGCCACACAACUCCUCCUCAGGAGAGAUAGCUGUCAUCAGCCUAGAGUCCUUCGUCCUGCUGUCCCGUGUGCGAAACAAGCCCUAUGAUGUGUUUGGCUGCUGGCUCACAGAAACCAGCCUCAUUUCGGGGAACCUGCACCGCAUUGGAGACAUCACCUCCUGUUCAGUGCUGUGGCUCAACAAUGCCUUCCAGGAUGUGGAGUCAGAGAAUGUGAACGUGGUAAAGCGUCUCUUUAAGAUCCAGAACCUCAACGCUAGCACCAUCCGUACAGUAAUGGUGGCUGACUGUAGCCGCUUUGAUAGUCCGGACCUCCUGCUGGAUGCUGGCGACCAGCCUGGGCUCCCCUGCCGAGUCUUUGACCUAGGUGGGGACAGUGAAGAGGAGGAGGCCCCUGACCCGGGUUUGCACACCUCUGGUUCUGGCCGUGUCAAGGAAGGUUUGCGGCGCAUGUUGGAUAGCAUGUGGGAUGGACAUGCACAGCUAUCAGAUUGUGCACUGGAGACCAAGGUGGCUGAGCUGCUGGCCCAGAGCCACACCAGGCCUCCAGAGUCUAGGGAUGCUGACACCAGGAACAAGUACCUCAUCUUCACCACUGGCUGCCUCACCUACUCACCACAUCAGAUCGGCAUCAAACAGAUCCUGCCACACCAGAUGACUACAGCAGGGCCUGUGCUGGGUGAGGGCCGGGGCUCCGAUGCCUUCUUUGAUGCACUGGACCAUGUCAUUGACGUGCAUGGGCACAUCAUUGGCAUGGGCCUGUCUCCUGAUAACAGGUACCUGUAUGUGAAUAGCCGUGCCUGGCCUCCUGGCUCAGUGGUAGCUGAUCCCAUGCAGCCACCACCCAUCGCAGAGGAGAUUGACCUGCUGGUGUUUGACCUCAAGACCAUGCGGGAGGUGAAGCGGGCUCUGCGAGCGCACCGUGCCUACACACCCAAUGACGAGUGCUUCUUCAUCUUCUUGGAUGUCAGCAGGGAUUUUGUGGCCAGUGGGGCUGAAGAUCGGCAUGGUUAUAUCUGGGACCGCCACUACAACAUCUGCCUAGCCAAGCUGCGGCAUGAGGAUGUGGUCAACUCCGUGGCCUUUAGCCCCCAGGAGCAGGAGCUCUUGUUGACAGCCAGCGACGACGCCACUAUCAAAGCCUGGCGUUCACCACGCACUGUUCGUGUUCUCCAGGCCCCACGCCCACGCCCACGCCCCUUCUUCUCUUGGUUUGCCAGCCAUAGACGCUGAAGGCAUCAGUGACUCGAGCUGUCGGGACCCACUGGGGAAAAUCAUACCCCGCGGUUCUUUUCUGCACCGGGGCAGAGUAGCUCAUAGCAGUAAUGCCUUAGGAGGGGACAGCCUGACCCCAACACACUCACAUGCAACCUGCUCACUUAGCCGUCAGGCUCAGCACUAGGGUAGCCCUUGUUGGCAGCACCAGAGAUCCCAUGUCAGCCUCUUGGCCAGCUUGGGGUACACAAGAUAGUAGAAGUCCUGUUCGUCACUCACCCCCUUCCCCUGGGCUGGCAGCUCACACAGCUCCAGACUGACCACUGCCUGGGUACCUUUUACACAGCAAAACCCACACCCUUGGAUGUCCUGAGUGUACCUUGGGUGACAGGCCAUAGGCUCUGGCCUCUGAUAACUUGGAUUUGUGCUACUGACUGAGCAGCCUGCAGUGGACCAUGGGUGCUGCAUGUUGCACUCAUGAGCUGUUUGGGUUAAUGAAUAAACAGUUGGCAACAGCG